AUGAGUGAGAAGAAAAAAAGUACAGAAUUGGGCAAUGAUUACCUCCGGGAGAACAGGAAGCCCAGGAGAAAGGAACACACUAAGUCACUGUCCUCGCCCUUCCCUCCGGCCCCUCUACCCCCCCCCCGGACGUGCCCACGAGGGCCCGAGACUAAACUGAGGAGCUGCGGGGCCCACGCAGAGGCGCCCCCCGCGCCGGCCGCCGACGGCGGAGACGCCCGAACGCAAAAUCCCCGCCCACAAGCAGCUCGGCCCCGGCUGCCGCUCCUGGAGGCCUCGAGCCCGCGUCUCUACAGUUCCGGCUCUCUCGGUGCCCGCGACGGAGCUCGCGAAGCGCGCGCCUACUUCACCACACCCAUUUUCUAUGUGAACGCGGCGCCGCACAUCGGGCACCUGUACUCGGCGCUGCUGGCGGACGCUCUGUGCCGCCACCGUCGCCUCCAAGCUCCCGGCGCCGGCGCCACGCGGUUCUCCACCGGCACCGACGAGCACGGCCUGAAGGUUCAGCAGGCAGCCGCCGCUGCGGGCCUGGCCCCGCGCGAGCUGUGCGACCGGGUCUCGGCCCAGUUCCAGCAGCUUUUCCGGGACUCCAGAAUCUCCUCCACCGACUUCCUCCGCACCACCGAGGCCCGGCACCGGGCGGCGGUGCAGCACUUCUGGGGCGCGCUGAAGGCGCGGGGUCUGCUGUACAAGGGGCUCUACGAAGGCUGGUACUGCGCCUCUGACGAGUGCUUCCUGCCUGAGACCAAGGUCAGCCGGCAGCCCGGCCCGUCGGGGGAGCCCUGCCCUGUAUCUGUCGAGAGCGGGCACCCCGUCUCCUGGACCAAGGAAGAAAACUACAUUUUCAGGCUUUCCCAGUUCCGGGAGCCGCUCCAGCGGUGGCUGCGGGACAACCCGCAGGUGAUCACCCCCGAGCCUUUCCAGCACGCUGUCCUUCAGUGGCUGGAGGAGGAGCUGCCGGACCUGUCAGUCUCUCGCAGGAGUAGCCACUUGCACUGGGGCAUUCCAGUGCCCGGGGACGAUUCGCAGACCAUCUACGUAUGGCUGGAUGCCUUGGUCAACUACCUUACUGUAAUUGGCUACCCGAAUGCUGAGUUCAAGUUAUGGUGGCCGACCACCUCUCAUAUCAUAGGCAAGGACAUCCUCAAGUUCCAUGCUAUUUAUUGGCCUGCUCUCCUCUUAGGGGCAGGCAUGAGCCCACCAAACCGCAUCUAUGUCCAUUCUCACUGGACAGUCUGUGGCCAAAAGAUGUCUAAGAGCUUGGGCAACGUCGUGGAUCCCAGAACUUGCCUUGAACGCUACACUGUGGAUGGCUUCCGCUACUUUCUCCUCCGUCAGGGUGUCCCCAACUGGGACUGUGAUUACUAUGAUGAAAAGGUGGUUAAGUUGCUAGACUCUGAGCUGGCAGAUGCUUUGGGAGGUCUCCUGAACCGAUGCACUGCCAAUAGGAUAAAUCCUUCUGGCAUCUACCCGGCCUUCUGCACUACUUGCUUUCCCAGUGAGCCAGGGUUGGCGGGGCCAUCAGUUCGUGCCCAGGCAGAGGACUAUGCUCUGGUGAGUGCAGUGGCCACUUUGCCCAAGCAGGUAGCAGACCACUAUGCUAACUUUCAGAUCUAUAAGGCUCUGGAGGCAGUGUCCAGCUGUGUCCGGCAAACUAAUGGCUUUGUCCAAAGGCAUACACCAUGGAAAUUGAACUGGGAGAGCCCAGUGGAUGCUCCCUGGCUGGGUACUGUGCUUCAUGUGGCCUUGGAAUGUUUGAGAGUCUUUGGAACUUUGCUCCAGCCUGUCACCCCAAGCCUAGCUGACAAGCUGCUGUCCAGGUUGGGGGUUUCUGCCACAGAGAGGGGCCUUGGAGAGCUCAAUUUCUUGCCUCGAUUCUAUGGACAUCCUUGCCCUUUUGAAGGGAGGAGUCUGGGACCUGAAACUGGGCUCUUGUUUCCACGAUUGGACCAGUCCAGGGCCUGGAUGGUGAAAGCUCAUAGGACCUAGAAACUCAUUCUUAUGGUUUAUGACUUGUGGUAAAAAAGCAAAUGUUAUUUUAUUUUGCAUUUUCAGGAAAGUUAUAUUAAUGUUUUCUAAAAUGUUGCAUCAAAUGAGCACAUUAAGUGAUGUCCCUGUGAAGAGGUUAAAAACCUUCAGAUGCCCACCCCGGACUCUUCAGUUCUCUGUGUCCAUUAACUACUGUCCUUUGUCUCUAAGACGUCUCUGGGGAAAGAUGGUUAAGAGACAACUUUGCUGAUACUAUUCCUUCUUAUUGUACCUCCUUCUAAACCAGUUAGGUUAUUUGCCCAGACUACCUCUAUUGCCUUGUUUUCCAUUGGUCUAGCCUCUGCUGGGCAAAUUAAGAAUGGGGAUUGGAGGCCCCCUACCUCAACUUUUAGCCCUACUUUGUUACAUAUGUUGGGUCUCAUUUACAACCAUGACUCCUUAUACUUUGUUAAUAUUAAUAGUCUAGUAGUUGUGCUUUGUAAUAUUACACUUCAACCAGUAGAUGGCUCUAGUCUCACAUGUUGAAUUACUUAGCAUUGAGGUUUCAGAAUCUUUAGAAUUUUGCCGAAUUUAAAGAAAAAUUUUAUUGCUUUAAAAUGAGUGAUAACUGCAACCACUGCUGUUUUACAGAAAGCAAUAAAAAAAAAAAUCAGAAUCCUCAGUUUUCUUCAGACUACUGAAAAAGGACAUUACUCUAAACGUUUUGUAAGCUAAUAAGUAAAUGUAUCCAUUAAGUUUGUUUGGACUAUCUAUGAUAAAUUCUAAAGCUCUCUUGAGGUACUUGGUAUGUUAAAAUUUUAAACUUUAAUAACAGAUUUAGAGGUAUGAUUAAAAAAAUCUAUAAAUGGUUCAAAAGGGCAGUGUUUUCUUUAUAUUAGUCUCAAUUUUGUUAUUCACAUACAUAAUUUGCCUUACAUUUAUUUUCAUCAGUCAGGAUCUAUAAUACAAUAAAUUGUAGAAUAGUUAUAAAUGUUAAUACAUUUACUUUUAAGUGUUUUUACUGAUUAUUUCUUUCGCUCUUUUAAGUUGUAAUUAAAGUUUAGGAGUUCAUAAAUACCUUA